CCCCCUGGCGCCCCCGCCCCAUGUUAUUAAUAUCCAGGCGCGAGCGCCCGGUUGCAUCGCAUUCCCAGCUGGCGGCCAGGCAGGUGGCCACGGCGAUCGUGACCCGGCGCGGACCAGCAAGACUGGCGGGUGGGCUCCCCUCGCUCGUCUGACCCUGGGACCCCCCACGACCUCUGCGCGCCUGGCCGGGGAGGACGCUCGGGGAAGGGCCCUGCGCUCCCUCACCGAGCGUUUGGAGACGUGUGGCAGCGAGGGCUCUGCGGACAGACCUGCUGACCGGUGACCGAGGACAAGCUUUUGCCCACAGAUGCCCUGGCCCCGUCCACAGACGCAGCAUGCCCCAGCCCUAAGCCCAGCGUGAGGCGGCAGAAAUGGCCCUGAGCCCAGAGCCUGCCACCGGUGUCCCUGUGCUGCCUACGAUGGGCAGCCCUGUAGCCGAGACACCUGGUGGCCCCAAUGCAUCCCUCAACAGCUCGUGGGCCAGCCCGAUGGAGCCCAGCUCCCUGGAAGACCUGGUGGCCACGGGGGUCAUUGGGCUGGUACUCUUGGUCAUGGGCGCAGUGGGCGUGGCAGGCAACGUGUACACCCUGGUGGUUGUGUGCCGCUUCCUGCGUGCUGCGGCCUCCAUGCACGUCUACGUCGUCAGCCUGGCCCUGGCUGACCUGCUGUACCUGCUCAGCAUCCCUUUCAUUGUGGUCACCUACGUCACCAGGGAGUGGCACUUCGGCGACGUGGGCUGCCGCGUCCUCUUCAGCCUGGACCUCCUGACCCUACACGCCAGCAUCUUCACCCUGACCAUCAUGAGCAGUGAGCGCUAUGCCGCGGUGCUCCGGCCGCUGGACACUGCGCAGCGCUCCAAGGGCUACCGCAAGCUGCUGGUGCUGGGCACCUGGCUUCUGGCACUGCUGCUGGCACUGCCCAUGAUGCUGGCCAUCCGGCUGGUGCACAGGGGCCCCAAGCGCCUGUGCCUGCCAGCCUGGGGCCCGGGCGCCCACCGCGCCUACCUGGGGCUGCUGUUCGGCACCAGCAUCGUCGGGCCCGGCGUGGUCAUCGGGCUGCUGUACCUGCGCCUGGCGCGGGCCUACUGGCUUGCCCAGAGGACCUCCUUCCCGCAGACACGGCGGCUGCCCAACCCCCGCGUGUUCUACCUCAUCCUGACCAUCGUGCUGCUCUUCUGGGCCUGCUUCCUGCCCUUCUGGCUGUGGCAGCUGCUGGCCCAGGACCACGGGGCCCAGGCGCUCACGCCGCGCGCUGCUCGCAUCGUCAACUACCUGACCACCUGCCUCACCUACGGCAACUCCUGCUUCAACCCCUUCCUCUACACGCUGCUCACCAGGAACUUCCGCGAGUACCGCCAGCGCCAGCGCGCACGUGUCCCAGCCCUUCCGCGGUGCCAUGCCCGCUUCCAGCACCACUCUGGCCGAUCACUGUCCUCGGCAGCCAGCAGGCCACAGAGCCCCUCAGCCUGUCCCAGGAGGCCCCCGGGGGGGCCUGCGUCUGAGCAUUCGGCCUCCAGCUCAGUCAGCCCAGCACCUUCCUCAUUUGCCCAGGAGCCCCCAGCCCAUCUGUGAGUGUCUACGAGAGGCUCAGGGCCACAGUCAGGUGCUGAAACCACGGUGAGUCGUCUUCACCACCCCCAGCAGUGGACGUGAGCACCUGGCCAGCGCCCAGCCGGCCUCGUGGCAGACACACAGCUCCUGCACGGGACCCUCUCCUGGCUGGUGCGUGGCCUCUGUGGAACCUACUCCACUCCUCCCGGCUCUGUCCCA